AUGCCUAUACCAGCUGAAUCAGAAGCAACAGCAGCAACAACAUCACCAGCAGCAGCAACAACGUCACCAGCAGCAGCAACACCAGGAGCAGCAGCAGCAACAGCGCCAGCAGCAACAGCAGCAGCAGCGCCUGCAGCAGCAGCAACAGCACCCGCAGCAACAGCAGCAGCAGCAGCAGCAGCAAACCACCGCAUAAUAUUUGUUGCUGAGGCUGCGCUGCCCUCCCCAGGUUCAAAUGAACUCCUUUGUAAGCCUUUGUGGCUGCAUUCGGAUUUCCGAGUAGAAGAGCAGCACGGAGCCACCUGCUGCAGCAGCAGCCCAGCCACAAACUGCAGCAGCAGCAGCAGCAACAGCAGCAGCAGCAGCAGCUGUGACCCUGUGGUCUCCGUGAGCGCGUUUGAGGACACUGUAGUUCUGAGCACUCGGCAUUCUGUCUUUGUGUAUUUGAGGGAGCUAGAGGCAGCACAAAGAGAGGCAGCAGCAAACACAAAGCAGCAGCAGCAGCAGCAGCAGCAGCAGCGUGCGCUCUGCAGCUGCGCGCUGCCUGCGCGGGUGUGUUACUGCGUGCCGACUGAGGUGUCUGUACACUCGGUGGCCUGCGGCUGGAACCACAUCUUGCUGCUGAGUGAAGAUCAUUUUAUUUAUUCUUUGGGAUCUAAUGAAAAGGGACAGUUGGGGGACAGCAGCAGCAGCAGCAGCAGCAAGUUCGUAAGAGCAGCAGCAAACUACAGCGUCUUCAGGCCCACCUGCAUCCUAGCCGGCGGGGACUUCUCCGUGGCCCUCUGCGAGCCAGCAGCAGCAAACAGCAGCAGCAGCAGCAGCAGCAACGGCAGCAGCAGCAGCAGCAGCGCGGAGGGUGGCGACUGCAGCUCGG